AUGUGCGGCAUUUUUUGCGCGCUGAGUUUGUCGCCCGCUCGCUGCGUGCGGAGCGAAGCGGUUCGCGAGCAUUUGAAGAGAAGAGGGCCCGACUUGAGCCGGGAGGUCACAGUCGGAGGCGCAAAUUCCUGCUAUCGGUGUUUGUUCUCCGCCCACGUUCUCCACAUGAGAGGUCUUCUCACCCCUCAGCCGGUUCAAGACGACGCCGGGAAUGUUCUGCUGUGGAACGGGGAGAUUUUCGGAGGUCUCCCGGUGACGCCGGAGGAAAACGACACGGCCGUCGUCUCUCGGCGCCUCUCGUCCUGCGUCGGCCCUUCGGAGAUCCUGGCCGUCCUGUCCGCUUUACGGGGACCGUGGGCGUUCGUUUACUACCAAAAGGCCGGAGACCACCUCUGGUUCGGCAGAGACUUCCUCGGAAGGCGGAGUUUGCUGUGGACGUUUGACGCGGAGGUCGUCGCCUUGACCCUGACGUCCGUGGCGGCCCGUGAAGCUGGACCGGCGGCGUCUUCUUGGCAGGAAGUCCCAGCGGUCGGCGUGUACAAGAUCGACCUGAAGGCCGUCGCGGAAGCCGGCCGCGUGACGUUUGAGGUUUACCCCUGGGCUCACGGGGGACGUGAUCUCGUCUCCAGCUCCAGUCCGGCUGCGUUGGGGUCGGCACCCGGCGGCUGCACCGCCGUGAUGAACCGGUCGGGCCUCGCACUCACCUCGCCCGUGUGCCCUCUUAACACAUCCAUCCCCAAGUUGUCGGAUGAAGAGGAAAUUCAUCCGAAUUCGCAUCCGCGCGUGACGGAUCUGGAGCAGCUGCUCGCAAGCAGAGAGAACAACGCCGAAGUGAGCCGUCUCACGGAUGUUCUCAGCGAGGCGGUGAGGCGGCGUGUUCAGUCUCUGCCGUUCAAGGCGCGAGACGAUUCCCCUCCGUCUGAUGAACUCGCUGGUGUGGCCAUACUCUUUUCGGGAGGGCUGGAUUCGAUGAUCCUGGCCGCCUUAGCUGACCGUCACAUCCCUGCUCACCAACCAAUAGACCUCCUGAAUGUAGCGUUUGAACUACAGGUGCCAAAGAAGCCGAAAGAGUCGGCGAGGAAACCCGGAAAGCACAAAAACAAGCCGGCGGAUUGUAAGAACGCCGGAGCCGAUCCCCAAACGUCCGGCCCCUUCGACGUUCCGGACAGGAUCACCGGGAAAGCCGGCCUCGGGGAGCUGCGAGGCUUGAACCCUGAGCGGAGGUGGAAUUUUGUUGAGAUCGACGUAACGAAGGAGGAGCUGCAGGAAAUGCGCCGCGAGCGCGUUUGCCAUUUGGUGCAUCCGCUGGAUACGGUGCUCGAUGACAGCAUCGGCUGUGCCGUGUGGUUCGCAGCGAGAGGAGCCGGCUUCGUCGCCGCGGGGGACGGCGACCAGAGGCCCUUCACGUCGUCGGCAAAGGUCGUCUUGACGGGGAUCGGGGCGGACGAGCAGCUCGCCGGUUACUCCAGACACAGAGUCCGGUUCACAGCGUCGGGACACGAGGGGCUGAUCCAGGAACUGGAGAUGGAGCUGGGAAGGAUCCCGUCCAGGAAUUUGGGCAGAGAUGACCGAGUGAUCGGGGACCAUGGGAAAGAGGCCAGGUUUCCCUACCUGGACGAGGACGUGGUGAGCCACUUGAACGCUCUGCCCGUGUGGGAGAAGGCAGACCUGUCGCUGCCUCGCGGCGUCGGGGAGAAACUCCUCCUGAGGCUCACGGCGAAGCGGCUGGGCCUCGGCCAAUCGGCCGUCCUGCCCAAGAGAGCCAUGCAGUUUGGAUCCCGCAUCGCAAAGAUGGAGGCCCACCGCGAAAAGGCCUCGGACAAAUGCACAAGACUCCUCACCGAGUAGACGAAUCAUUGGUUUUAAUGCAAAAAGUAAAUGGAAAAUGUUCAUUAUAAAAUCCCUUGGAGUACAAUUCA